GGAAAAUAAUAGGCAGAGUGUGAAGGUGAAGUGCGGAAAAUUCGCGAGUUUCGUGAUUAAGCUGCGAUUCCGGUUAGUUGGCUAGUGAGGGUGCGUUCAACUUGUAGGAUAAUGCUCCUGAGAACUAAGUGCAAGCUUAAAUCAAGUGAUUCAAUGAAACGGUAGUAACGGAAAAGUUUUUCAAUCUGGAAGUAGGAAACCGAAUUUGGUUUCCCAGUGCUUUCGAAUAUAAAGCAGCGUGAAAGUUGAUCAUCACCAUCAUCCUUGAAAGAGUGGGAACGAGUCCCAAGGCACCAGCAGCAUCAGCAGCAACAGCAGCGGUUGGCUUUCAAGUGUGCGAAUUCUUGCUUGCCACCACUCACUCUAGUUUACAUGACUGACUGUACGGGACAGCAAGGUCCCCCCAAAGUCAACUACAACGUCGUCGUCGUCGCCACCGUCGUCAUCUUCGUGUUCGUCUCAGCCUCUGGCUUGGGCAAAGCGGUGGUCGAAUUUUCAACUGCGGACAGAGUCGGAUAUCGACGCCAGCAGCAUCAGCAGCAUCUACUGCAACCAUCCGCACUGCAAUCGAGUGCAUUCUUCAAGGAGAGCGUAACAUGAGCGCGAAGUGGAGAAAGUGAGAUACUCGCAGCAAUUUGUUGGUGAAUUGGAAGUUUGUGUCUGUGUUUAUAACGUUAACGGAAGCUGAGCUUCUCCGUUGUUUUUACUUAAGUGGAAGUGAUUGACUAAAGCGCAAAGCGCCAGGAAAAUAGUGGCCGCAGAAAGAGUUACACCUGUGAUAAAAAGAAGAAGGAGAAGUGGGUCGUAUUCUGGUUCGUGUGAGGAGGAAACUAGGUCACCUGGAACGGCAAACAAUUCCCGAUCUCUGAACGCCAGUGUUGAUCAGCUGUGGCGACUCGUUCCAACCUCUAUGGAGUUUCAGCUAGACAGCGCAGAGUACUGCCAGGCACAACACAAAUAAGCUAGACGCCCCCCGUCGUGGCACGCGCCCCACUCGCCGUCGUCGUCAUCAUCGCCAUCGCACACCGUGAUCGCCGCCGUUCCCCAUCAUCCGAAUCAAGUCAUCCGAUAUCCCCUCGUCGUCGCCGGUUCGUUGUGGUUCGGAGACGGUAGGAGAACGUGGAACGAGUGUGGAGGAAGAGAGAUAGAGAGCGUGUGUCCCGCGUAGGAGCAACAAAUUUUAGAAAAUCGAAACAAGAAGACAGCCCCGAGGUUUUUUUUUUCGUUGUUGGAAAAAGCAUCAAGACGUUUUGUGGAUAGUUUGAGCAAAGUAAAGCCUGCACUUACCCGUACACAUCGCGUAGCCCCUCCGUCGCAACUUGAGAGAGAGAGAGAGAAUAAAAAAGUAAAUCAAAAGUGUACACGCCUGGUUGGACAGAGCUGGAAGCGCUUUCGGAGAAAGCAACAAGUUAGUGCUGGAAGGAAAAGUGAAUAAUUUGAGGUGGAAAAUUGACUGAAUCGGAAACUAGCUAGGCGCGCACAGGCAGGCGAAGCAAAGAUCGUAUUUUCAGUGUUGUCGAAAUUGUCCUGAAUUGUACAUUUUUUGUGUCAAUAUUUGUCCCGUCGGAAAACUCGAAUCCCUGCUUCAAUCAUCAUAUCUCUCUUGGAGUUUAUUCUGUGAAUAUUGAGUUUCCCUCUAUAAGCGUCAGUACUCGCGGGAGGUUAAGAGCAGAAUAAGAAGAAGAAGAAUAAGAGGUUUGUGUCAAUAUAACCUACUUUCCGGGGUUUUCCAACCAUAUCUUCGUGUGGAGGAACUUUCACAACUCUUCCAUAGUUUCCGGAUCUUUUCUUUUAAUAUUCCUUCCAUCGUUUCCUGUCGGAGAGAACCGUGCAACUGCGAGUGCAUUACUUCAACUAUUGACAACGCAACUUGUUAUAACUCGGUGGCUGAAUAAAUUGCGGGUAAUUUAUUCCAAUUUGAACAUACACACCAACUUCUAGCCAAGAGUCCCCAAGGGCACGCAACCGAGAAGAUCGGAGAGCCGUACUCGGGCUGAAUCAUCAUCCGAGUGUGUCUUGAAUUAUUUGCCCACGAGCAAAGGAGGGAAAGAGCGCAUAUCGCAGCCCCCGAUAAGAGCAGCAGACCAUUAUCAUCUCCGAGGCGAUAGAGAGAAAGAGAGCUGCAAGGCAAUACGUCGUAGACACCCCGAUCGUCAAGAUCUGCACCGUCGAUCGUCUAAUCCCGGAUCUGGGCAGAAAUAGAAGAAGAAAAUUCGAAAUAUUUCUAUUAUUUGUGAUAUAGUAUACAUCAUAAUUGCUCGUUUUUAAGAAAUUGAUUUUAACCAACGGUGAAGCAAGAAGCAAAUUGAUUUGUGCAUAGUGGAAGUGAUUUUAUCUUUCGUAAAAAAAAAAGCAGAAGCGCAGCGAAUCGCCGUAAUUUUCUCGAUAACAAGUGCUACUACUACUACUACAACUACUGCUUCUACUAGAAACCAACGCAAGCUACUAUUUGGUUUCUCUGUUUUCUUUCGGCGUGAUCAACUUGUACCCGUACACGUAAAGAAACGUACUAUACGAAACCAGCAUUCGGUUGUACCCAAUUCCAAGUACUACGAAAACAAAACAACAACAGAAACAGCCGGAAACUUUUCUUUCGAUCUAGCGGACACCGUUUAAUGACAACCGUCAUCAUGCGUCAGAAGGACAUCAGACCAGCGCCGGCCCGGAUCGAAUUCAAGGGCAUGAAGUUCCUGAUUACCGACCGUCCUGCGGAUAACACCAUCCACGGCUACAUUGCGGAGCUCAAGAAACACAACGUGGCGGUGGUGGUUCGCGUGUGUGAACCAAGCUACAAAAUCGAAGAGCUCGCCAACCAGGGCAUCAUGGUACGAGACCUGGCCUUCGAAGAUGGAACCUUCCCGCCACAGAACAUCGUCGAGGAAUGGUUCGAAAUUUUGAAGCAAAAUUUCUUGUACAGAUUCCAGGAGGAUCCGGAGGCGUGCGUAGCGGUGCAUUGCGUGGCAGGCUUGGGCCGAGCGCCGGUUCUGGUGGCACUAGCGUUGAUCGAACUAGGACUUAAGUACGAGGCAGCUGUGGAAAUGAUUAGGGACAAAAGGAGGGGUGCUAUCAAUGCCAAACAACUAUCAUACUUAGAAAAGUAUAAGCCCAAGUCACGACUAAAGCACAAAAAUGGUCAUAAGAAUUCGUGCUGCGUCCAAUAAAACUAUCAUAAAUCCCACCA